UUUCUUGGAGUUGAGGGAAGUGCCGCUCUCAGUGAAAAUAGGACAAGUUGACGCAAGUGUGGGAGUGCACAGAAAGACGGAAUAAACGCAGACACAAUAGCUUCUCGCUCAGUCGGUUAUAACGGUGGGUUUGAUUGUUCCUGCAUUCAGAAAAAAAGGUUCCAAGGGGAGAAGGAGAGAGGUAGAGAUUCAAACUGCUAUCUUUCCUGUGGGGGUGUUUAUUUAUCCGCCCUGCAACCUCAACAAGAAAAACGCAGCCUUUGCGGAAUAGUCACAUUGAAGAGGACACGUGUGGAUUCUUAACCACAUGUUUUCUGAGAGGACUGCGGUCUGAUCGCUUAACUGUGUCCAUAUUGGCGGAUUGUUUUUUAAUAUAGAGCUACUGUAGAUACAUUGUUUCUUUGCUCCACAUCUGCUGUAGUGAUGUCAGAGGCUAGUGUUUCUGCAGACUGUGACCCCAGCCGACCACUGGUGCGGACAGAGGACACGUUGAAAGAGAACCAGGAGAACAGGACUUUACUGAUGGUGGCAAUGAUUUUAUUGGACUUGAACAAAUGCAACCCAAACGCUAUCAGCCCUGGAGACAGCAGAUGUCUGGGGGGCAGCAGCGACGCCGGCGCACAGGAGAAGGUGGAGCGGGGGAGUUGCCGGUUGAACGCCGGGGACAGUCGGGGCUCGGUUGCACCCAAACAGUCCCGGAGCAAAAAGGCGGCUGCGGUGAGACAGGAGUCUCCUGAGAAGAGACACUGUUGUCCUUUUAUUGGCUGUGGGAAGAUGUACGGCAAAUCAUCCCACCUCAAAGCCCACCUCAGGGUCCACACCGGUGAGCGCCCCUUUGAGUGUACCUGGCCAGUCUGUGGCAAGAAGUUCUCCAGAUCAGACGAGCUGACGCGUCACUACCGCACACACACAGGCGAGAAGCGCUUCAACUGUCCAAUGUGUGAUAAAUGCUUCAUCAGGAGCGACCACCUGACUAAGCAUGCCCGGCGACACGCAGGCUUCCAUCCCAGCAUGCUUCAGGGUUCCAGUGCGGCCAAGAGACGCCGCUGCUCCGUGUCCUUGUCCUCAUCUGACUCUGGAGACCAAAGCCCUGUUGGGGUGUGAGACACACCCACACUACUGUACAUAUAUACAUAAAGGUACAUGCAGUAGAUACAGAGGCAUACACAAACACAGACACAAUGUGCCGUGUUUGCACCUUAACACAAAUCCUGUCAAACCAAUCUACUCAACGAGCCCGACCACUAUUUAAAAAGUUUUUCUAUGCAUGGCACAUUGUGCAACAGCAAAUAGAAACAUACGUUUGAACCUGACUGUAAUCAAACUAGAACUAGACCCCGUCUUACUCCCCGAGGUGAUUGGUAUUUAUUAAAGGUUAUUCAGGGUCUGUCACAUAAGUUCUAAUUGCUUUGCCCUUUAUUAUCAAUUAAUCUUGUGUUCUGUGAGUUAUUUUUUUUUCCUGGAAGAAUCUGCAAUACAAGAGGCAUCCGUGUACAUAUAUAGAUGUGCAUUUAUAGUUCUCAUUAAUACUACAUGUGAUCACUUUGCAUCACAGACAUUACUUGCAGGUGAAGACGACAAACAAGAAAUCAAAUCCUUCUUGGGUCAAGAAGUUUUGGGAAUUUUCCUUUAGUAAAUAUUGUUUCACAAAUACACUCAUACUUGGACAGUUACUCUCUAGUCCAGGACAAGGCGGAUGUACAGUAUAGCAGUAUUAUCAUGUAAAUAGAUUAAACAGAUUAACUUUCCGAGGGAUGAUAUACUCAGUAUACUGUAGUAAAGUGUUAUUAGAGAAAAAUAAGAGGAAGCUAUAAUAUAGAGAAUUACAGAGCUUGUGUAUUUAAUUUUAUAUAUUUGACUAUGGACUUGUAGGUAUAGUUUGUACAGUUUCCUGUUUUGGAACAUAAAUGUUGUCACAUCAUGAUAACGUUGUAAGUAAUUGACCAUGACACAUAAGGAAACUUCAAGAUUUGUGUUGCUUUUUCAGGCUUGAAUGAAGUCCAUAGUGCAGGGAUAAACACAACAGGGUAAAGCCUUUUAAAAGGUAAAAGGUUACUUUUUCACUUGCAGUUGACAGACUUUUCAAUGUUAAGACCGUAAUGAUUAAUGUUUAGUUAAAGUGUGUAAACUGUAAACAAGGAGGUCUGUGCCUUUUGAAGGGUUUUUGUAGCAGAGAGGAAUUUCUACAUCGUCAACCUUUGAAAAAACGUCAAAUUCUUUAUGUUGAUAUUCCUUUAUACUAUGAAUAUCAAUGACUGUCUCUUAUGCCAACAGUGCCAGUUGCUGUACAUUGAAACUACUCUGUAUCUUCACUGCAUUUUAUCAGGGAACGUGAUGCACGGCCAAUUCAGUAAUUACUACACCCCCUGGUGGUGACAUGGAAGCACAACAUUUCUCACAACAGAAAGUCAUAAAGAAACUUUUUUAUUUUCCGUCCUAGCAUUUUGAGGCAGUCUCUGUUUAUUAGUUUGAUUGUGAAUCAUUGAAUUCCAUCAUGUAGCAUGUUUGUAUGUAUUUGUUUAGUACAAUGUAUUUUUUUAUUUGUCUGGUAAUCUUUUAUAAUAUUACUAAUGGGGGGGUCCUUUUCAUCCACUACAGGAGCUAGAAAUAUUGUUUUCUUUUUAUACUUGCCACAUGAUGCAUUAAAACCUCCAGAUAGAGUUAUGUGUAGUUUUGCUUGUAGGACACAAACUACAUGCAUUUAUUAAAAGCUGUUUUUAGUUUUCUGGCAUUAUGACAACUGUGAUUAGAUGUUGGUGCCUUUCAGGUCGAAGCCCUUCUGAUGCUACUGUACUGUAAUCAGGGACUGUGAACGCAGACCCCACGUUAUUGCAAUAUACAUAGCUGUGUAAUAAUUACUGCUCAAAAGUUUAAACAUUAAAAUUAUUUUUCUUUCUAAA